CUAUUGUAUAUAAAUAUAUAUAUAUAUGUGUAUGUAUAAUAUAUAUAUAUAAAUAUCUGUAUAUGUAUUUAAUUACUGAAGUACUGUACAGACUUCGACGGAUUUAUUUUAAAGAUAUUUCUUUAUAUAUAUAUAUAUAAAUAUAAAUAUAUAACAUUUUUGUGGUCGACCGCGAAAGAGCUUCAAAAUGCCAGGCAGAAAAAGGGGCCCCAAGUCUCACGCGCGAGUGGCUAGCCCAGAAUGGAUAUCUGGACAAGAUAUGGUAUUUGAAAGUCCACAUCCUCAGUUAAACACUCGCUCUAGGAAAACACUCAGUAUUGCUGCUGUGACCCGUUCUUCAACGAAAACUUCUCUCAUCAAAGACAAUUCCAUUCCAGUCGCUGAUUUUUACUCUGAACCGAUAUUUUCGCCGCCGGGUGUCAAGACCCGACUACGUCGUCAAUCAAUGUAUGUGCAAAAGCAAGUCCCAAAUGUCUCGUUUUCAGUCACAAAACAGGAUGUGACAUUUUCUGAAACGAGCUCGUUGACUUCUGCCACGGUGACCAGCGUCUCGAGUCGCACCGUAACAACUGUCGAGCAGACAAAGUCAUCUUCGGAGAUGUCUGCUUUGGUCGGCAAUGACCAGGCAGUUGAUGGACUGGCAGGCGAGAAAGAGACAAUCAGUGAAGAAAUCAGCAACAUCAUCAAUAACCUUCGCGACUCGAAUCGCAAGCGCAAGUCUGAUGUGCAGACAGUGGAGACUUCUGACGUAAAAGAAAAAGUGCUGAAACCCUCAAAGACACUGGAAGAAGAGAAAUUGUCUCUGGUUAGGAGUUUGUCGUUGAAGGAGAGGUCCAAAGAUGUUUCGACAGCGGAAAACGAAAACGUAUCCGAAUCAGUUACUGUGGAUAUUGUUUCCGAAGAAGCGGAAGACGCUGAAGUGGAAGACGCUGGAGUAGAAGACGUAGAAGAGGUCCCGCCUGAAGUACAAGAUGAUUCCAGUAAAGCUAAGAAAAGCGCACCACAGAAGAAGAAGCCGGGAAGAAAAAGCAAGUCUCCCGCUGCUAAGACAAAGACGACCAGGACACGGAAGACAAGUACUUCGAGGACCAAAAGCCAAGAAACUGAUUCAGAAGAAGUAGCAACGGUUGAAGUGGUUGUAGAAAGCAGCAAAACUACACCUUCAAAGAAGAAAAGGGGCACGACACCAGUGAAAGCAAAAGCAAGCAGUAAAAAAGGGGCAAAGAAAAGUACCACUCCUAAAAGACAAGCAAGUGCACCGAACAAGGAAUUGGUCGUGGAAGCCGUUACUCCAGUAAAGAAAGAAAGGAGAUCACGGUCGUUGGGGCCGAAGAGUAAAAAGAAAGUAGAAGAGGUGGCGGCAGACAAACCAGAUGAGGAUGCCGCUUCGGUUGAAACGAAAGAAACAUCUAAAAAAGGCUCUCGUUCGCGUAAAGGUACUCCUCAAAAAUCUUCUGUAAAAGGCCCACGUAAAAAAUCCACUUCGAGGAAAUCAACUCCAGUGAGAAAGGCAACCCCUACGAAAACGCGUACUCCGAGAAAGGGUACUCCAUCUAGAGAAAGAAAGGCUACUCCCACAAGAAAGGCCACCCCCACAAGGAAGGCCACCCCCACAAGAAAGGCCACACCCACAAGAAAGGCCACACCCACAAGGAAGGCCACACCCACAAGAAAGGCAAAGAAAGCCACUCCGUCUAGGGAAGCAACUCCUGCCAGAAAAUCCAGUACUCCUGUCAGAGAGGCUACUCCUGCUAGAAAAUCUGCCACCCCACUUCGAGAAAGUUCUCCUGCUACAAAAUCUGCCUCUCCAGCUCGAGAAAGUACUCCUGCAAGAAAGGCCACUCCUUCUAGAGAAGCAACUCCUGCUAGAAAGGGUACUCCUGCUAGAAAGACUACUGCUACUAGAAAGGGUACUCCUGCUAGAAAGGGUACUCCUACUAGAAAGGCCACACCUUCUCGAGAAACAAGCGUUUCGAGAAAAUCGUCUCCAAAGAAGGUGACCCCUUCUAGGGAGGUUACACCUGCGAGAAAGAGUACUACUAGGAAAGCAACACCUUCUAGGAGAGGAUCUCCAUCCAAAGCAGUCAAAGAGAAGACAUCACGACGGAAAUCUAGUGGAAAGAAGUCACAGAAAACAUCACGGUCUCGAAGCAAAACAAAGAGAGUCCACAAGCGUUCUUCUUCAAAGAAAGCCGACAAGAAGAAAACAGUGCUGGCCACGCAGGAAAAAGAAGAAUCCUUGUCUACUGUUGAUGGGGCUGAGGAAAAAACAGCACCGCCCCCACAAAAGACUGCCACCAGUAGCUCUUCUAUGUCUACAAUAAUCACCGGUCUCUUUAAGCAUUUCGUCCCAAGCCAGAAAAAGGCAAAAGUAGUUGAGUCCACCACAAGCACGGAUACCACCACCACAACAACAACAACAGUUGGUGGUUCCAUGGCAGCUGAGUCUGAAGUUGAUACAGGGGAAGAACUGAGAAGGAAGAUACCAGAGGCAAGAAAACACGCACUGAUUUCUUCACCUCUGGAUUCCAGCACACCUGAUGUUCCCCAGGUUCCUAAAGCAUCUUUCGUUAGUAGACUGAGAGAGACAGCUUCAAGCCUGUCCCCAUUUGCCCUGAGCAGGUCGUUCGAGUAUAAGCGUGCUGUUGUAGCAUCAGCUAACAACAAGACUGUAGAGAUUUCGGAGACGAUCACACAUCCAGGAACGACUGCUGGCAAAGGAUUUGAUGAGGCUGACCAACCAAUGUCAGCAGUUGAAAUGACCGCCAAUGAAGAUACGGAGAGCUCCACUCCUGCAACAGUUGAAGAGGAUGAAAGCGAGCAAAAGCAAGAUGAAAAAGUUGUCGACACACGAGAAGUGCAUUACGAGUCCCAGGAAUCAGAAAUGGAUGACGGGUCGAUCAUUGAUAAGCUGGUUCAUUAUGAGUCCCAGCAGUCUGAGAUAGAGGAGGUAGAAGCUGAUAAUCAGAAAAGUGUUCACUAUGAGUCCCAGCAUGACACUGAGGAAGAGUCCCAGGUUGAGACAGAAGAUGACUCCCAGGCUGAGGUGGAGAAUGAGGUGGAAGAAGAGUCACAUGAUGUGGUGGAGAAAAAGACACAUGUUGAAGAAGAAGAAGUGUCACUUGAUGUGGUAGGGAAAAAGAUCCAUGUUGAAGAAGAAGUGUCACUUGAUGUGGUAAAGAAAAAGACCCAUGUUGAAGAAGAAGAGGAGGAAGAAGAAGAAGAAGAGGAGGAGGAAGAGUCACAUGAUGUGGUGGAGAAAAAGACCUAUGUUGAGGAACAAGAGUCCCAAGCUGAGACAGAAGAAGAGUCCCAGGUCGAGACAGAAGAAGAGUCGCAGGUUGAAACAGAAGAGUCACAUGAUGUGGUGGAGAAAAAGACCUAUAUUGAGGAACAAGAGUCCCAGGGCGAGACAGAAGAGGAGUCCCAGGUCGAGACAGAAGAAGAGUCCCAGAUUGAGACAGAGAAUGACUCCCAAGUGGAGUCUCAGGUUGAGUCUGGGCAGGAGUCCCAAAUUGAAACAGAAAAUGAAUCCCUGCUUGAGAUGGAAAACAAGAUAGAUGAUGGUGCUGCUGAAAUAUCCAAUAUCACUAUGGAUACAGAGGAGUUUGUUUCAUCCAAAAGAAAUGUAACCGUCCACUACGAGUCACAAGAGUCGGAAUUGCUCACAGAGGAAGAAGACGAUGGUUCCUGUGUAGUGAAUGAUGUCGAGGCCUCUGCUGCUAUUGCUGAUGGUGAUAAUGUGAAAAAAGUUGAAGAGUCAGAUCUCACUGAAGAGGAUGUAGAGAAAGGAAAAGAACAUGGUGUUUGUGAAUAUGUCAAAGAACACCUUAUCACAGUCAACAACAAAGGUGAAGAAGAAGAAGAGGAAGAUGUAGGGGGAAGGGUAUUGACUAGAAGACAAGCAGCAGCGGCGGCAGCUGCAGCAAUGACAGGAACGUCGUUGAGGACAAAAAGAACAACAACGACGACGACAACGACAAGAAAAUCAGUGCUGGGUAAGAGAGGAGCCGAGAAGCUGCUAGAAGCUACCGACUACGACUUGGAGCCGCCAAAGAAGAUCUUCACCGAGGUGAUGGACGAGGAUGAGGCGAUGGCUGACAACGAUGAGGAGGCGAAGGCCCUCUACGACUCAUAUUACUCUGGCUACGGAUUACGCUGCACCAUCCUCUGAGAACCCUGUUGCUCCCCUGCUGUUUUGCAUCUCAGCUCCCCUAAAGACGCUGUUGGUAGAAACUGCCUUCCCCUCUCUCUCAUCUGAUGCCUUGUUCCUCAGAGGUACCAAUUUCCAUAAAAUUCAUUUUUAUCUUUUUGUCCCUCUCACUUGACAGACCCAAGGCAGCUGCUGCAUCAUAAAGCUUCCUCUCCCUUUUCUUUAUUGUAAUUAAAAAUUUUUAUUUUUAGAUGCAAGUGCGUGCACACAUAUGUAGGGUUUAAUUUGUCAUCAUUCCUUACCCUUUCUCCAUGAAAUGCCCUACGGCCACUACCAUCGUGCACACGCUACACAAGCACAUACUCAUAUGCACACAUGGCCCAUGUAUACAAAUAUGCACAUGUGUGCAUAUACAAAUAUUCAUAAUUUGACAUGUUCAUCGUGUGCUUGCUUGCAUGGAUGCACAUAUGCACUUAGGUGCACAUACAAAUAUAGAUAUAGUUACACCAACAUGCACACACAUAUACACGUUUGAAUUAACAUAUACACCUAUGGAUACAUUCAUGCAUAUACAAGUUCUCAUAGUUUGAUACGUUUGUGAAAGCUCACUAACAUGCAUGCACAUGUGCACAUAUGCACUCAUACAAAUAUAAAUACAGCCACUCCUUAACAUGUCCACACACACACACACACACAUGCGUGUAUUCUUUAAG